UUCCUUCUGUGCAGGUCCUGCUGGAAAAGCAGAAGAUGAAUUCUUUAUCAGAGACACUGCUCCAAACUCGGGGACAGCUAAGCCGAGCCUGCCAGCAGGUGCAGCAGCUCAGGCAGGAGGUGAAAGAGCAGCAAGAGAAGGGGCAGACCAUCAAGGCAAAGCUGCAAGCUGAGCUGCAGGAAGCUCGGAGGGAAAUCCAGGCAGCGCAGAAGAGGCACAAGGAAGAACUACGAGGCAUCAAAGAGGAAAUGAAUCUCCUCCUUGUGGAGAGGGAGGCUCUACAAAAGCAGGUGGGAGAGUUGACAUCUCAGCUGGCAGCCUCCAGAGAGUCCCAGGCAACGAUUGUUCAGAGAGCCCAGCAAGAUGUGAGCUGGGCCCAGGAGCAGUCAAGGCAGAAGCUGUUGGAGGUUGAGCACCUCCAGAAGAUGCUGGAGGAGGCAGAACAUCAGAACAAGGAGCUGCAAGUGCACCUGAAGAACUUGGAGCUGGAAGGGAGUCAAUGGGAAGAAGUGGCACGCCAAAAUUCAGGAUUUCGGGCUUCCUUGGACGCCCUGGAGAAGGAAAAAGCCAGGUAAAUGAAAGCCUGUGGGACUCUGCCUUGUGGGAAUGGAUUCCCUCUUUGCCAUCUUUGCACCUGC